ACCGUUAUUAGUACGACUUUUAGUUUUACUUCCAAUAUGUCAGCGCCCUGAGAAGACGCGACUAUCGCAUUGCACAUUGCUAAUUUGCUGGUAAAGUCUAGGAGUUUUGUUGCAAGAAUGAGUGAAAAAAGAGGAAAGAAACGACCAAAGUCAUACUACAUAAAAUGUGCCAACAAGAAACCAAAGAGAGAUGUAUGGAAACUGGAAGCGGGGAUGAGGGGAUUCAUCAUAACGUGUAACAACAAUGAGAAGGGGGCUGUUCGAGAGGCAUACAACAUCCUGAAUGAGUAUGCUGAUAAGCUCUAUGGUCCAGAGAAGGAUAUGCCCGACUCAAAGAAUGAUGAGGACUUGUCAGGAGAUGAAGAGGAGGAGGAAGACAUCGAAAAGGCGAUGAUGAAGGAAGUGAAGGAAAUUAAGGAGGCCAAGCUUGCACAGAGACGAUUCCAAAACACCAAUACAAGAGCAAAAAACUGCAUCUUCAUUAGGACCACCCUACCAGACCCUAGUCAGUUAGCUCACUCCAUACUCUCUGAUUUGUCAGAAACAAAGGUACAAAAAUCCAGGUACGCCAUUCGUCUGCUUCCGAUAUCAGGUAGUUGUAGAGCAGAGGAAGGUGAAGUGAAAAAGCUUGGGAAAGAACUAUUUACUCCAAUCUUUGAGACUCCAUUUGGAAAGGGAUUUUCUUUUAGUAUAGUUGUAAAAAUCAGGAACAAUAAUGGCCUUGGGCGUGAUUCGGUUAUUCCGGCUUUGGCUGGUAUCAUAAAGGAGUUGAAUCCUUUGCACCGAGUGAAUCAUGAUAAACCAGAUUAUGUCAUAUUGGUGGAAGUCAUUCAGUCUGUGUGUUGUUUGGGGAUAGCAGAGGACUUCUUCAAAUUCAAAAAGUACAACUUGCAAGAAAUAAUAAAGGGAAGUGCUGAGAACAAAGCUGAGCCAGCAGAAAUAAACAAAGAAGAAACUGUUCAAGCAUUGAAGGAUAAUGAGGAAGAAAGUGUACAAGCAGACGACAAAGAGAAAGUUGCAAUAGAAGUCCCAGAGGACAAAGAGAAAGUUGCAGUAGAAGUCCCAGAGGACAAAGAGAAAGUUGCUGUACAAGCGCCGGAAAUUUUACAACCCAACAAAGCAAACUUAACUCAAGAUGAUGAGGAACUUAAAGAGACAGAGGGACAGGAAACUAAAGUUACACAGAGCAGUGCAACAAGAGACAAAAAUUCCGAGGGAGAAUCAGUUUUAGGCACGCUAAAAGUAAAUGAAGAGAUUACAGCAAAAACAACCACAGAUUGUAAUGAUGUGUCUGACGAUAUUGUACCAGUAAAUGACCCCAGUGAGAAUUCAUGAGCAAGUUAAUGUUUAUUAUUGUUUGAAAUCAGCAGUUUACCAGUCUUUCGUCAGAAAAGUUUUUAAAAUUUCUAUAGCACAAUUUCUUAAAUUCAGAGAUUGUAUUCUUGAGAUUUCAUGCGUUAUGAAAGUUUAAAAUCUCUUUGUAUUAUGACAAUUAACAAACAAGUUUCACAACUUGUGUUCAUGUCUGAUCAUUUAAUAUACAUGAAGUGUUUAGAACAAGUUAAAGAUUAUCUGUAAGUAAGUAAAUAAAAAUGCAGAUAAAUUUAAUGGUACUCUGAUUUUCUGUCUAUACCUAUUUUACAUGAUGCAGUGAUUAAGAAAUAUUUUGAUUUACCAAUGUUAGUGAGAAACUUUAAUUGUUUCAAUGUAUAUUUAAUUCUCAGUAAAUCAACUGGACAUAAAAA